AUGCUUUCACUCCUUACCUUACCCCUUGCUUUUUGUUUACCGGCCGGCCAAUACCCAUUUGUCGCUACUUCCCGCGGCCACGUUCAUAUUUUGGCCCUUGAUCCAGUUCUCUGGUCUAUAUCACUUCCGCAUCGUACUCAAAUCAUAUACCCACCUGAUGCCAGUCUUAUUGUCGGCGGCUUGGAUUUGGUGCCGGGUUGUCGCGUUUUUGAAGCAGGCACCGGAAGCGGAUCUUUGACACAUUUUCUUGCACAGGCUGUUCACCCAACAGGUGUCAUUCAUACAUUUGAGUUCCACGCUGGCCGUGUUGAGCGGGCUCGAGAAGAAUUCAGGUCACACUGCUUAUCCGAACUCAUUCACGUCGUUCAUCGUGAUGUUAUUGCUGACGGAUUCCCUAACAUUGGGGAAGAAGACAAUCCAUUUGGCGUGGAUGCUGUCACGCUAGAUUUACCGCAACCGUGGCUCGUCGUUCCCCACCUGCCUUUUGUUUUCAGUAUCGAUAAAGGUGGGCGCUUUUGUUCAUUCUCUCCGUGUAUCGAACAGGUACAGCGCACCUGCGCUGCUCUCGAUCGCAUCGGGUUUAUGGGCAUACAGACAGUCGAGUGUCUCCAGCGCGCCUAUAAUGUGUCACGAGCCUUCCUUAACGUGCCCAACAUGGAAACAAUGAUCCGUAUGGGAUUCCAGCCAAAUGAAAUUCAAGAAGCACUAAUCCAACAGCGUUUCAAUAACAUAACCGCUACGUACCUUCUCCUCGCCCAAUAUGACCCCCAAGUACAUGGCAGACUUCCUAGUCUCCGUUCAACCGAUGAGGCCCGCGGAAGCAAAUCCGACACGCGGCCCCGUCAAGCAGAACUAGUUCUUAAUGGGGGUAUUCAACCCGUGGUCACUACCGUCCCACUUCAGCACUCAUCGCGACCAUCCAACACUCUUUCUGCGUCAUUUCAACCACAGGCUAACGUUGGUACGUUUGCUCACAACCGUCGUAUCCCUGACGGGGGUGUGCCCACUCGGAGCAGCAUUAGUUCCGCUCGUUGUCGCAUAGAUCCACCAACACAAACUACUCUGAAAGAAGCAGUGGCUUUACAACAGUCGACACGUUCCGUAUCCUCGGUAGUCAAAACGAGCUCAUCUUCGGGCGGCACAACCUCUGGAGUGCAAUCGGGCCGCAUCACCGUCGCUACAGCUGUUCCUCCCUCCAGCCGUCCUUGUCAGCUUCGUCGUUCCGCUACCAGCAUAGAGUCCAAGACUAGUAUGCCUUCCUCCGCAACAAUCACAAGUGCGGGAGCGAUUGCGACGUCUGCUCACACAACCACUUUUGGUCCAUGCUCAUCAACUACCGCGCCACCAUCCCAGGCUCCACCUCCGGACUUUUCGAUCACAUCACCCUCUUUUAAUUGUCAAGCUCCUGUCAUUACGAUGCGACCUUCUGCAAUUACCACUGCCCAUCUGAAGCUAAUGAACGGGCCUUCCAUACCUGCCUGUGCGAUCGUUCCUCCAGUGCUUGCAGCUAGUCCUGUACCUUCUUCAAAACCACUGAAUUAUGAGCCCAGCUUCGCUGCACCUCUAGCUCGAGAGGAUGAAGAACAUCGGGGGGCUAGUAAAAAUUCACCCCCGGUAUCUUGUGCCCGACGCGCUCCUUCAAGGGUCGAUCUCUCUGCUCUAACCUCGAAUGAGGCGACACGCUCCUCUUCCACUUCAUCCUCCGCAUCAGAUGAUCUCUCUAACAGUGACUUAUACGACCGUGAAUGGGGUUCAGAAUCCACCGAUUCUGGGCACUCAUGCGCCUCUCGAUCAAUUAAUCGAGAGAGACGGGCGAAACAAUCCGAAUGUAGCGUUGCUUCUGUCGCCGUUACGGUAGUUCCUUCACCUGACGCACUACAACUAAAUAGCGCGUCCAAUCGAAGAUCGUCAGACAAAGCAACACCAUCAAAGAUUUCAACGUGCGAACCCAACUUCGCCAGGUUACCCUCCGUUCGUCGCAAGUCUAAUACUCCCGUUUCAGCGGCUACAGAAUCGGCCAACGCUUAUGCAUCUCCUUCGAACGCUGUUGCUUCCCGGUCUACACUAGCAGCCACGUCCUCACCCAUCUCGCGGGCGUCCACUUGUGAGCAGCGGUCUGUGUUUAACAACACCGCUUCCAUCCCAAAUCCAAGUUUUACAUCAGCUCUGCCUUGUUACCGAAAAGAAACCGAUUUCUGUGCUAGCCUGGAGACUGCCAAGCAAAAUGGCGGUGCAGAUUUAGCACAGAAGGAAUAUCAGCAGCAGCUACAGACAAAGCCACGAUUGCUCCAUGGUCAGCCGAGUGCCGCAGAUAUAAUCAGUGAAUCGAAUCCAUUCCGGUUGGUUGCUGAUGUCUCCCGUUCAUCAGUGGUGUCUCCUCCAACAGUUCCACCUCACACCUCACGCUUACCUCAGGUGCCCGAUCCUUCGACAUCCGGUUCCGGACUGAACCCUGUCAAUUUUCUGAAUGGUACUAUUCGUCGUCCGAACAUUCCUCCACCUUCACUUGUUUCUAUGGUGGGCGCUCAUCCGCCUAACCGUGUCUCGUAUGCUUACCAUUCGCUGAGGUUCGUCUGCAUUACUAAUGUGACAUUUAUUCUUUUCUGUUAGCUUCUCACUCUCGUACGGCAUUAAGCACAG